UGGGCCUCUGUAACAAAGUCCUCCUCUCUCUGCUCCCUCCCACUUCAUUCACUUGCAAAUCAGUGUGUGCCCACAAGAGCCAGCUCUCCCGAGCCAUAACCUUCCCAUCCCGAGAGCUGCAGUUCCAGCCACAGCAGCAAGAAGCGCAGAACCGGCGACCGUGGCGGAGGCAGGAGCAUCCUAGGCUAGUUGCAGGGUGUCCCCAGGAUCCGGAACGCGAACAGAGGUGGGUUCAGUCUCUGUUGGGAAUGCGGAAGCUUGUGCGUGCGUUUUCUUUCUUUCUUUCCCUCUCUUUCUCCUUGAUAUAUACAUAUCUUUAGUUCUGUAGCGUUGAUGGAAGCCAAUCAGAGAAAGAGAGCGGUCCUCGGCGCCGGGUGUGUGCGGCGCGCGGAGUUGGAGGGAUGCUCAGCCUCGAGCUGGAGUGCGGGCGGGCGGGCGCGCGGGUCGGGCUGCGUUGGUGGCGCUGCUGUCCCUGCCUAGGACCAGCGCCGCUUCCCGGGGAGCCUGGGCGCCGCUCCUCCGUCGCCUGAUACCUCCUGAGAGCCAAGCAAAGAACACUAAGGACGAGAGGAGGAAUGAGCCUGGAUCCCGCGCAGUGAAAAGAGGCUGUAAGGAAAGAGGAACUCACUGUCCAGAGACUCGCGUGCCUUGCCUACCUUGCCAUCAGCAUGAGAACUUACCCGUACAUCUUGCUGCUCUUUUGGGUUGGCCAGCCCUACCCAACUUUCUCAAGCCCGUUAUCUAAAAGGACUAGUGACUUCCCAGCAAAGAGGAGGGCCCUGGAGCUCUCUGCAAACAGCAGGAAUGAGCUGAGCCGUUCGAAAAGGAGUUGGAUGUGGAAUCAGUUCUUCCUCCUAGAGGAAUACACAGGAUCCGAUUAUCAGUACGUGGGCAAGUUACAUUCAGACCAGGAUAGAGGAGAUGGAUCACUUAAAUAUAUCCUUUCAGGAGAUGGGGCAGGAGAUCUCUUCAUUAUCAAUGAAAACACAGGCGACAUACAGGCCACCAAGAGGCUGGACAGGGAAGAAAAACCUGUCUACAUCCUUCGAGCUCAAGCUGUCAACAGAAGGACGGGGAGACCCGUAGAGCCCGAGUCUGAAUUCAUCAUCAAGAUCCAUGACAUCAAUGACAAUGAGCCAAUAUUCACCAAGGAUGUUUAUACAGCCACAGUCCCCGAGAUGGCUGAUGUUGGAACGUUUGUAGUCCAAGUCACUGCAACUGACGCUGAUGACCCAACGUAUGGGAACAGUGCUAAAGUUGUCUAUAGCAUCCUACAGGGACAGCCCUACUUUUCAGUGGAGUCGGAAACAGGUAUUAUCAAGACAGCGUUGCUCAACAUGGAUCGAGAAAACAGAGAACAGUACCAAGUGGUGAUUCAAGCCAAGGACAUGGGUGGCCAGAUGGGAGGACUGUCGGGGACCACCACCGUGAACAUCACGCUGACAGAUGUCAAUGACAACCCGCCCCGUUUCCCCCAGAGUACGUACCAGUUUAAGACUCCCGAGUCCUCUCCACCGGGUACACCGAUUGGCAGGAUCAAAGCCAGUGAUGCUGACGUGGGAGAAAAUGCAGAGAUCGAGUACAGCAUCACGGAUGGUGAGGGCCAAGAUAUGUUUGACGUCAUCACCGACCAGGAAACCCAGGAAGGAAUUAUAACUGUCAAAAAGCUCUUGGAUUUCGAAAAGAAGAAAGUGUACACCCUCAAGGUGGAAGCCUCCAAUCCCCACGUCGAGCCCCGAUUUCUCUACCUGGGUCCCUUCAAAGACUCAGCCACGGUGAGAAUAGUGGUAGACGAUGUGGAUGAGCCUCCCGUCUUCAGCAAACUGGCCUACAUCCUACAAAUACGAGAGGACGCACAGAUAAACACAACCAUAGGUUCUGUCUCAGCUCAAGAUCCUGACGCUGCCAGGAAUCCCGUCAAGUAUUCUGUGGACAGACAUACAGAUAUGGACAGGAUAUUCAACAUUGAUUCUGGAAAUGGUUCAAUUUUUACAUCGAAACUUCUCGACCGGGAAACACUGCUGUGGCACAACAUUACUGUGAUAGCAACAGAGAUUAACAAUCCAAAGCAAAGCAGCCGAGUGCCUCUCUAUAUUAAAGUUCUUGACGUCAAUGACAAUGCCCCAGAAUUCGCCGAGUUCUAUGAGACCUUUGUCUGUGAAAAAGCAAAGGCAGACCAGCUGAUUCAGACCCUACAUGCUGUUGACAAGGAUGACCCUUACAGUGGACACCAAUUCUCCUUCUCUUUGGCCCCUGAAGCAGCCAGUGGUUCAAACUUUACUGUACAAGACAACAAAGACAACACCGCAGGAAUCCUAACUCGGAAAAAUGGCUAUAACAGACACGAGAUGAGCACCUAUCUCCUGCCUGUGGUCAUUUCAGACAACGACUACCCAGUCCAAAGCAGCACUGGGACAGUGACUAUCCGGGUCUGUGCAUGUGACCACCAUGGGAACAUGCAGUCCUGCCACGCCGAGGCCCUCAUCCACCCCACAGGGCUGAGCACAGGGGCUCUGGUGGCCAUCCUUCUGUGCAUCGUGAUCCUACUAGUGACAGUGGUGCUGUUCGCAGCUCUGAGGCGGCAGCGCAAAAAAGAGCCUUUGAUCAUUUCCAAAGAGGACAUCAGAGAUAACAUUGUCAGUUACAACGACGAAGGUGGCGGAGAGGAGGACACCCAGGCCUUUGAUAUCGGAACCCUAAGGAAUCCCGAAGCCAUGGAGGACAGCAAAUCGCGCAGGGACAUUGUGCCUGAGGCUCUUUUUCUACCGCGACGGACUCCCACAGCUCGUGACAACACCGAUGUCAGAGAUUUCAUUAACCAAAGGUUAAAGGAAAAUGACACAGACCCCACAGCCCCACCCUACGACUCCUUGGCCACCUACGCCUAUGAAGGCACCGGUUCAGUGGCCGACUCGCUGAGCUCCCUGGAGUCAGUGACCACAGAUGGGGAUCAAGAUUAUGACUAUUUGAGUGACUGGGGCCCUCGGUUCAAAAAGCUAGCGGAUAUGUAUGGAGGGAUGGACAGUGACAAAGACUCCUAAUCUGUUGCCUUUUUCAUUUUCCAAUUAUGGCACUGGAAUAUGUGAAGUGGCUAUUUCUUUCUAUUUAUCCACUAUUCCGUGAAGGGUUCUCUGUUGUACCCGUUCCAAAAGUCAAUGGCAGCAGUCCGUGCAGAUCCAAUGUUAGAGACUCUUUUCUAGUACACUUUUAUGAGCUUCCAAGAGGCAAAUUUUUAUUUUUUAGUUCGUGCAGUUAAUCAACUUAGCCCAGCAGGCACAUGGGGGAGGAGAGGAGGGAAACAGAGUUUUCUUGUUCUCCUAGGGUAGGGUGGCCACAUACUCCUUACUGUUGGCCUGAACCACUACUUUGCCUCAGGUCAGCUAACUGCUCCAACUGUACAUGUCACAUACUAAUGGGAGAAGGGAUCAUACUCUAAUGAUAAAAUAGAAUUUUAGUAUAAAAGAAAAAUGCAAAAGGGGGGGCGAAUUGGGAAAUUGUUCUUGGUCCAUCAGCUCUCGAGGAGAUAAUUAGCUACGGAAGGGUUUAUAAGAGUGUAUGCAUGUCAAAGAAUUUAAAGUGGCAGGUAGGGUAUCCUAUCUCUGCUGCAAGAGGUGUUUCCGGCACCAACAAGUACUCAUAGCAGCAAAUCCUUCCGUGUUGUAAAGUGAUGUAGAAGCAAAUGAUGUGGUGACAUAUAAAGACAGUAUCAAAAAGCAAGGCUGCAUUCCUUGACACUCGUUGAGAUCUGUUGCAUGUGAGAAACAGGAAAGAUCACCAUCACACCAAACGAAGGGAACAAGAGAAACAGCUAAAAAAAAAUGGUAACAAAGGAAAUAUUCAGCAAACUUCAAAGUUGUGUGCCACCAACUGCAUCACAGAUUCCUUAAUUCUUUCAACUGUCAGUAAUCUAAUGAGAAAUAAGUCUAAUCAUAUAAAAGUUCUUGAGAGAAUUUUCUGGGGCAAAUGUUAACUCUUCGUCUGUAGUCAUUGUCACUAUUAUCCUACUAUACCUGAGAGUAGUGGUGUGAAGUACAAUAAUUCAUAUUCUUCAAAUACUUCUUAUAUAAUUAACUUGACUUAGUAAGGUUAGAUUAAAUAUCCUACCCAAGAGUUCAAGGGGAAGGCUAGACCCAGUCACAUUUAAACCUAAUCCCUGCCCUUUGCCCUUGGAGACAUUCACAUACUUACACUGCAACAAGGGGAUAAGUGAAUGACACUGAGAUGUUGGUGAAAGCCUGCAUCCCAUGUUUCUGAAAUGCUCACAAAAGACUCUUGUUAAAGUGACAGUUGAUUUCCAAAAGUAGUCUUAUUUCCCCACUGUUUUUAAACUGGCUCCUGUGGCAAAACUGCCAUCUUUAUCUUUGAACUGAUGAUGAAGUAAUGGUCUCAACUAAGACAGAAAAGUAAUAUAAAAUCCAUCCAAUCUAUUAUUGUUGUAAUUAUGCAAUUAGGCUCUCUUACAGUUAUUAUCCAGGGGACCCAACUGGACCAAGCUAAUCCUUCUGGCAGGUUCAAAUCAUUUAUUUCAUAUGGACGUUCUAAUGACUCUCAUCAUCAGGAUCUCAUAUUGUGCAGUCAUCAGAAAUUUCCAAAGUACUGUAAUGAUAACAUCCUCAUUUGAAAACUUUUUUAAAAGGCUCUGUAUAUACAUAUAUAAUAUAUACUUAAGAAUGUGCUGACUUCUCUUAUUAGUCAUAGGGAUUUAUUUUCAGUUAAUGUUAAUUUUAUAGAGAUAAUCUUAGCAUCACUUCCAUUUAAGGGUAAUGUUUUAUCAACACAUUUUCUAUUUAGAAACACACUGUUGUUUAGUUGGCUUUUAAAUAGUUUUUACCCAGGAAGUAGAGGUGGCACCUGUUAAAACAAGAGAAAUGUGGAAUUUGGAUUAUGGUUUUUAAAAAAAAUACAACAAUAUUGCCCUUUGUACUUCCUAAAUGGCUUCCUGUUUCUGAUGAGAUGCCCUGAAGAGUAAGGAGUAUUUCAUGCUUGGGCUAUUUCCCUAUUUUAGGGUUUUUUUAAAUACUUCAUAUGCACACUGACAAACACACACACAUACACACACACACACACACACAGAGGAAUGCAAACAAAUGCUACAAGAUGGCUUCACUGAAAUGGGUCAGUACAUAUUGUAUUCACAGGUAAGUACUGAAAACAGAUAGCCAAGCAAAACUAAUAAGAGCUACUAGAUAUAGCAUGAGAACAGCACCUUGCACAAUUUAUUGUAAAAUUAGAGUACCCUAUUUUGUACCUUACAUCAUGUGACAAACUGAAUCAAGAAACAGUUCUUAAAAAGAAAAGUAUCAUCAAAAGUUGCCCUGUUGAGCUUUUGGUGUGAAAUUUUGUGUUAAAUUUCUAAGAGUUGACAAUAACAAUUUCCAACAUUUGGGGAUAAAGCUGACCUCUCCCUCUUAGUGCAAGUAUAUACUAAAAGGAAGCUGAGAUAUUUGAGAUGUAAUUUGCCAAAACAUUUUUGUGUCUGCCUGAAAAUCACACAUUGUACCAAGAAUAGAUGAGUACGACUUAAUAUUGAAAUAGCUGUUUAAUGUCUUAUCACAAUGAUUGUUGGUGAGGCAAAUCUACAAGAAACUGGAUUAUUUGAGCCCUGUAGGUGUCAAUUUCAGACAAACACUUUCCCCUAAGAAGCAUCAUGCAAAGAAAGAGAAGCCCAGUGUAGUUUUUCUUCCCAGAAAAAUACCAGGUCAAGAACAUCCCCAUGGACAGAUUUCCUUUGGUGGUAAGUCCUAGGCCAACAUGAAAUUUUCUCCCUCUCUGGAGGGAGAAACUAAUUUUCAGCUCAGCUUUCAUAUUAUUUGUGUCUUGGACUUAGACACAGGCAACGAGGAUGGCAGGAGAGUGGGAAGGGUCCAACUUUAACAUUUGCUUUGUUGAACAUAAGUAGGUUGGUGGCAUAAAGGGUUGUUUCAAGAGCACUAAUGCCUGUCUAACUUUUUCUUAACCUCUUUUCAACAGAAAGUUUCUUCAAACCUCUUCUGAUGCUUCCUAGAAUAAGCUGGGUUUUAAAGAACAUUAAGCCAUUGUAUGUGAGGUUAAAACUCCCUCACUUUAUAUCCACUUUCUUCAGGAAAUCUGAAAACAUUUUUCCUCAAAUAAGUAAAUAACUCAAAUGGGAAAGAGGCAAGAACAGUCUCCUAAGACUGUAAGAGAGGAAAUCUGGGCACUGUAAAUACAACUUCCCAAGUUUUACAUUCUGGAGGUUUAGCUAGAGAAACGCUCUAUUUUCAGAUGGAACAAAGCUGGUGAUUUCAUUUUAAUUCAGGAUAAAAAUAUGUGGCUUAGUUCUCAUUUCCACUUUGUAAACUGUUAUACAAGAAACUGACUCUGAAGCUUAGAGGCAUCCAAGUUUUGAGAAGUCAAAAUAACUUCCUAAUGUUUCCAUUAUGUAAUCUGUGUACUGUGUGUUGCUGAACAAUUUUCUACAUAGAAUGCUUUAUCCUGAAGCAGGUGUUUUCUGGAGGAGAGUGACUUAUAAAAUACCAAUGGGUCAUUCUUAGAUUCUGUAGACCUGUGCACAUUAGAAAUAUACAUCUAAAAGGAAAAAGAAGCGUUGAUUCCUGGGUGCAAGCUAAAUAUUUGAAUGAUUGUCCAUAUCAAACAAAUCCCUUGUCCUCAGGAAUAUGGCCACCAAACAGAUCCUCUCAGCCUCUGGUUUCUAGAUUUGAAGCAGCAUAAGUACUUUGGAAGAACACACUAAGAAGUCAAAAUCUGCUAUUUUGGAGGACAUCCUCUAUUCAGAACAAAUCAUUUUAGUGCGAUUUUAAUUUUUUACUUUACCUAGAUGAAAUCAUUUUUGGGUUAUCAUAUUGUAGAAGUGGGCUCAAGAUACAGGCAGUUCACUCUAUUUUAAUUAACAAUUCACCCAACCUUCUUUAUCAGAUAAGAGCAGAAAGAUGAAUAGUUGGUGUGUGGGUCUCCAGGAAGAUGGGCUGCAUCCUAAGCUUUGACAAGCAUGUUUCUUUUCCAGAGAAUGGAUUGCGCAGUGGUCUCGUUAGAGUUCAUAGGCGAUCAUGGUUGCAGCAUUUUAAAUCUUCCUUUGACAUCUUCAUGGAAUAAUUUUCAAAGGGGAUAAUUCUCUACUAAAAAUACCAAACCCUGACUAUAUUCAAUGCCAAGAGCAAUACCCUCUUAGAAAGCAAAUACAUUGGCUCAAACACUUGCUUAAAGUUAAUAAAGAAAUAGCUCAUUUUAAAAACAAGGACUUUAUGGUCUCUGCAUCAUCGAUUUAAUUUAAGCAUUGCUGAGACAAUCUUUAAUCUCCCUACUUUUUAAUACCUUAUUUAUGAUGCAUUCUCGUUUUUAAUUUGGGGGGAAUGUUAGCCUGACAGAGUCAGCAGACGAAAGCGUUAAAGGACAUCAAAUGGAAACAAAGGCUAUUAACCACCGUAUUUCAGACAGGACUGAGGCACUUAGCCAAGCAACACCAGGUUAUUAGAUUAAUUUCAAAAGACCUUUUCCAAGUUGCUGAUUUCCACUGGGGGGAAAGAAUCAUGAACCACAAACCCAAAUCUCCUUUCAAAUGAAGUUAUUUGACAAAUGAGGCAUGGACUCGGUGUUGUAGAAAAAGCAUCCUGCCGUAAUGAGGCUAUGCUAUUUAUGUAAAUAUAUCUGAGGCACCUUCUGUAACUUUUAGUUUUUCUAUGAUCUAUUAGUUUAGUGUUUAUUAAAGAAUAAAUUACCCAUAUGUAGGAUCACUCAGCACUCACGGGGAAUGCUUAUGCAGCAAAUGUCUAAUAGAUCUGCUCAGAAGAACACAGGAAUACUGCAAACCCUCUGUGCUGUUCUGUUUGCCAUUAUUUUCACUGCUUUGAAAGGAAGCUGCCUCAGAAUAGGCCUUGUAAUAAACGCUGUGUGUGUCUUCCGUAAUACCAAGCUGAGGUGGUUUGGCAUCCUCCUACUGUGACCUGUGAUUCCUAAACCAAGAAAAUAAAGGCUUCUGGCACCGACUGUACUUAAUUAAAAGAUAAUUCAAGUAUAAAUUGAAGCUUAUGCCAUGGCUGAAGAUGACUGACUGGAGUCCUCUGUUUGUUUCUUAAGCAAGAGGAGAGGGUGGAUGGAAACAAUCAGGGUGGCUUCUGUCCACAUGUCUAGCUAGACAGACCUUUGUGACUUCACACUUUAUGAGGCAAAGUUUUCUGGGUUAGAAGAAUAUGGUGAAAACAGUGACCCUUUAGCUCAGUGUGGCUGGGCCUUAUGUUGUAGUCAAAUGACAGAUAACACACUCCCUGACAUGGCUUCUUUUAUUUGGUUUUCUUUUCUUAGUCCUAUAAAUUUGAAAGGAAUGCAACUUUAAAGAGUGAUUUCUCACAAAGAGUAAAUAUGCCUUUUGCAAAUCAAUUUUUGUAACAUUAUUUAUAUGAUAUUACUUAAUAAACUGGUUUUUUUUCUAA